AUGGAUGAAAAUCAAGCUCCAGAAGCCAACAAUCCAGCACCAGUCCAGACUGUUGUCGAUUUGAACAGUGUUUUCUAUAUGCAUCCAUCUGAAAGUGCUGGAUCUGCAAUUAUUCCAGUGAUUUUUGAUGGAUCUGGCUAUCGAUCCAGGAGACGAGGUGUUCUUCGAGCACUAUCUGUCAAAAACAAAACAGGUUUCAUCAAUGGCAAGGUUGAUAAGCCGUCUCCAAAUUCAGCACUUCUCACUCAAUGGGAGAGAUGUGACGACAUGGUCACUUCAUGGAUUCUAAACUCACUUUCGAAGGACAUUGGGGAUAGUCUUCAAUAUGUUAAUAAUGCUAGGGAACUCUGGGUGGAACUAGAGGAUAGGUAUGAUCAACCAAAUGGUGCGAAACUGUAUCAACUCCAGCGUGAGAUCAAUGAUCUUAGCCAAGGCAACCUCGAUGUCACUGGAUAUUACACUCAACUCAAGAGGCUAUGGGAGGAACUGAGCACUUUGGAUACAAGUUGCCAGUGCACCUGUUUAUGCAUUUGUGGAGGAAAGGUGAAAAUGCACAAGGCUGAACAAGACAGGAGGCUUAUUCAGUUCCUUAUGGGGUUAAAUGAGGCUUUCACAAUAGUGAGAGGAAGUAUCCUGAUGAUGAAUCCACUGCCUACUAUGGCUUAG